CAUUGCUUCCUCCUGAAUCAGAGCGGAGCCUAGAAAAUGUUGCCGAAUCAAACACUACCCAAUUGGUUCAUCGUGGUCAACAAUAUCUCUCAAUGUGACCAAACUGCAACCGAGAAGAAACUAGAACACUCAACUUUGCUCGUAAAGCUGUGGCAUGGCAGUGAACGUGUAUUCCACCUCUGUAACAAGUGAAAAUCUGAGCCGACAUGACAUGCUAUCAUGGGUCAAUGACUCCUUGCAGCUCAAUUACACCAAGAUUGAGCAACUAUGCUCAGGAACAGCAUACUGUCAGUUUAUGGAUAUGCUCUUUCCUGGCUGUAUUCUUCUAAAGAAAGUCAAAUUUCAAGCAAAGUUGGAGCAUGAGUACAUCCAACAUUUUAAAAUUCUCCAGGCAGCCUUCAAGAAAAUGAAUGUUGAUAAAAUUAUUCCAGUAGAAAGAUUAGUCAAAGGAAAAUUCCAAGACAACUUUGAAUUUGUUCAGUGGUUCAAGAAAUUCUUUGAUGCAAACUAUGAUGGAAAGGAAUAUGACCCAGUUUUAGCAAGACAAGGACAGGAAGUAUUUACACCACACAACCCAGGUGAUCAGAUAUUCAGCAAACCAAGACGACCUGUGGGCACUGCAGUGCCACAGAGAACAUCUCCAACAGCACCUAAGGUCACGAGAACACCAAAUGUACCAUCCUCAACGGGUAUAAGGAAAAGUCAACACUUAGCAAGAAAUGGAGCCAGUGAUGCUGAUGCCCAGAUAAUAGAGCUGAAUCAACAGCUAAUGGAAUUGAAAUUGACGGUAGAUGGACUUGAAAAGGAGAGAGACUUUUACUUCAGUAAGCUAAGGGAUAUUGAACUCAUCUGCCAAGAACACGAAAGUGAGAACAUCCCUGCAAUUCAGAGGAUUGUGGAAAUUCUAUAUGCAACUGAAACUAAAUAUAACUUCUCGAGAUACAAUUGGGAAAACCUUUCAAAACCUAUUCUCUCCGGAAGGAUUUGCUCCUCCAGAAGAUGAUGACAUUAUAAAUCACCCAGAUGAUGACCAGGAUGAAUACUAAGUGUAGAUAAUUAUUACCCAUUUCUCCCUAUCUGUCUUCUCUCUGUGAUUGAGAUCCCUACCCAGGCUGUUUACUAACAUUAUUUUCAAUUAAGUUUGUACAGCCACAGCACAAUCACAAUAAUUCUCUGCAUUCUGUAUCACAGAUUGCUAAAGCUGUCAUAUUCAUCACUAUUACUGGCAGACUGUAUUAUAAAAUAUAUUUAAUUUGUAUAUUUUUCUUAAAUGAAUAACUUGCACUUUGGUUUGAAAGUAUUCGGAAAUCCAUGAUGCAAGUUGAUUGCCUUUGUGUUAUAUGCAGCAUGUAGUUUGGGUUUCUUUUAAAAUUGAAACAGCUUGGAUAUACUUGGGAGCAUUUGCUGACAUCUGAAAGACCUGCGAUUUUAGUAGAUAACCUAUGACACAGAAGAUCUCUUCACGGUUUCGUGCAAAUUGCUGACUUUUAAACACAGGAAAUCUGACUGGCUUUGCAGAAUGAAAAGUCUGGAGUCUAAAGUUUAAUAGUGCUUUUAAGAGAAUUUAUUUAUUAUAGUUUGCUAUAAACAUGAGAAUAAGGGAUGCUUUUAUGAUGCAACAUCGAUCAAAUUAACUUGGUUCCGGCUGCUUUUCAUCAGAAACCACUAAAAUAUGCCUUUGACAUCUCAUUGCAGCACCUUCUUAUACUGUGCCCAUGACACUAGUGUGCGAAAAAACUUGCAUCUGUGAAGUUUUAUUUAAAAUAAAUGUGAAAAUGACUGAA